AUGGGUGGAGCAGGUGCCUUCUGCACGGGCAAGGGAGCUGCACUUGGAUCACUGCUGCUGCUGAUCCCCCUGGUGGGCAAAACAGGCUGAGGGAAAAGUGCCACAGGGAACAGCAUCCUCGGCCAGCUUGUGUUUGAGUCCAAGCUGGGGGCCCAGUCAGUAACCAGGACGUGCCAGGUGGAGACAGGAACAUGGAACAGGAGGAAAGUCCUGGUGGUUGACAUGCUCUCCAUCUUUGAGUCAGAGGUCCAGACUCAAGAGCUGUACAAGAACAUUGGGAACUGCUACCUGCUCUCUGCCCCGGGGCCCCACGUGCUGCUUCUGGUGAUCCAGCUGAGGCGUUUCACUGCUUAGGACAUGGUGGCAGUCAGGAGGGUGAAGGAGGUUUUUGGGGCAGGGGCCAUGAGACAUGUGGUCAUCCUCUUCACCCACAAAGGUCUUAGGGGCCAGGCCCUGGAUGACUAUGUAGCAUACAUGGACAACCAUAGCCUGAAGGACCUGGUGCAGGAGUGUGUGAGGAGAUAUUACACCUUCAACAACCGGGCCACCGUGGAGGAGCAGAGGCAGCAGCGGGCACAGCUCGUGGCUGCAAUCAAGAGGCUGGGGAGGGAGUGAGAGGGCUCCUUCCACAGCAACGACCUCGUCCUGGAUGCCCAGCUGCUCCAGAGGCAGGCUGAGGCCUGCCAAGAAGACUACGGGCAGUACCUGGCCAGUGUGGAAUGGCAGGUGGAGAAGCAGAGGUGAGAGCUGAGGGAGGAUGAGAGUAACUGGCCAUGCAAAGUGCUCCCCAGAGUUAAACAGCAGAUGCUUUCUUAG